UCUCGAGCUGCAAAGCCAAAGAAUGGGCAUCGAAAGAGGUUGUCGGAGAAUAAGCUUGUCCGCAAGGUUCUGAGACCCGUUCGUGAGAGAGCAGACUCGCAAGACCUGAUGACUCAAUCACAAUUCCUACCGCCGAGAAAGGAGAUGGCAGAAGACAGAGAGAAGCAGAGAAUAUCGCCGUCCAGAAAGAAGUCCUCAAGCGCCACAGAUCUGAAGCGAGAGGCAGCGAAGCCAUCUUCUCCGAUAACGAUCAAGCAGAGCAGAGAACGUAGCGAGUCUCCGGAGGCCCCGAUGGUUCACGAGGAGAUCGACGAUGAACCAAAGUCACUGUCAACAGUACUGGCUCAGAUGUUCCAGUUCGAGCAAGAGGAAGAGGUCAUCGCAGAAUACCCUUGCUGGUAUACUGUGAACGUUCUGCUUCAGGGAAAACUGUACAUCACCGGAAAGCACGUCUGCUUCUACGCCUUUCUUCCAAAACGCCACAACAAGAUCAUCAAGACGGGACAUAUUGGCAAGGUCGGGAAGCAUAGCUACCGCUAUCUACGUUACUGGUUUUUGCUGAAGGGUGAAACUUUCUCAUAUUUCAAGGACUCCCAUGACCCUUACUUUCCACUCGGUGUGGUCGACUUGCGGAACGGCAUAUCUGCAGACAUCACGACGAAGGCCGGUGAGGACACGACCGAAUUCACGCUCACAACUCAGACCAGAGUCUACAAGUACAAAGCCGACACGCCAGGAUCGGCCAUGGAGUGGGUUAAGCAGCUGCGCAAGGUCAUGUUCCGCUGUCACAACGACGGCAACGCGGUCAAGAUCUCUCUGCCUUUGGAGAAUAUUGUCGACAUCGAGCGUACAGGAGUUGUGAAGGCGGCCGAGACGAUCAAGCUUCGCGUCGUUGACAAUGAAGAGACCUUUGCGGUUGACGAGUACUUCUUCACGCUGUUGCAGUCCGGUGAUGAGGCUUGGAAUGUGUUGAAGGAUCUCACGGACGGUAAUAAUGCCAAGCAGAUGGGCAGCGACGCUGCUCUACAGGACGCACAUCCUUUUGGCAAGACAAAGUCGCAAAAGUCCGAGAAGAGCGCAUCUCUUGACAAGGAUCGGUACCUUGUCGCUGAGCCCGUUCGGACGACUCUUUCUCGUCCCAAUAUUCGCGCACCGAGUAGUCCUCGUCGGAGCAUCGAGCAGCAACGCUCUAGCACGGAAGCAUCACGCAGACACAGUGGCGAGACUAGUCGAGCAAUUCUGCAUCGUAGCGAGUCGAGUGGUUCGAUAAAGACGCUGACUGCCAAUGAUAAACCCGCCCGUCCCACGCAAGGACUCAUGAUCCGCGGCAUCUCUACGCCGCUUCAGCACGCCAUGAAUGUAGCCGGCAUGGUGCGCACGACCAGCAAGCGGAUGAGCUCUUACUUAAGCAGCAGCCCAAAGGACUACCUGGGAAAGUUCUCAGGUGCCCUUGCUGGCGGCAAGAUCCAGUACGACGAAGUCGAAGGCCUCACUCCGGACGACAGCGUGCGCGACACAGACCGUGAUGCAUCGGGCCUCACGGCUGAAGAUCGCUUCCAGCGGCACUUCGGCCUCGCUCUGACCGAGAAGCUGACCUGCGCCUUCUACUGCUGUCUGAUCAAGACUGUACCAGUCUAUGGCAAGAUCUACAUGGGUUCGAGGCACUUUUGCUUCCGAAGCUUGUUCUACGGUACGAAGACGAAGAUUGUCAUUCCCUACCGGGAUAUCAUCAACGUGCAAAAGCAGCGUGGCUUUCGUUGGGGACAUCCGGGGAUGUGUCUGAUCAUCAGAGGCUACGAGGAAUUGUUCUUUGACUUCUCGAACAAGGGUCUGCGCGAUGAUUGCGCGAUCCGAAGUCUGCGCAUUUUGGAUGCCAUGAGGAAUUCGGCCGAAGACCCGGCGCUUCUCACCGAUGAUGAGCUUCAGGAUGCUGCAGAAGCCGCUGCGGAGAACAACACUCUGCAGACUGCGAAGAAGCAGAAUCUCAACACCAACGAAUUGCAAAUGGCCGUCGAUGCGACUAACGACGAUCCUGACGCUCCACCAAUUCUCUUCGACGACGACUUGAGCUCAUCAAUGUUGGACUUUAAGCCCAAAGAGCCAAUGAACAUUACUUGCCUUACUAUCGGUUCGCGUGGAGAUGUUCAACCUUACAUAGCCUUGUGCAAAGGCUUCAUCGCCGAAGGCCAUCGCGCCUCAAUCGCUACACACGCGGAAUUUGGCGACUGGGUGAAGAGCCACGGUAUCGAGUUCAAAGAAGUGGCAGGCGAUCCAGCCGAGCUCAUGCGUAUAUGCGUCGACAACGGCAUGUUCACACCGGCUUUCUUCAUGGAGGCUAACAGCAAGUUCCGCUCGUGGCUCGACGGCCUUCUCAUCACAUCAUACGAAGCCUGCAAGGGCUCCGAUCUUCUAAUUGAGAGUCCCUCUGCCAUGGGAGGCAUUCACAUUGCUGAAGCCCUUCAGAUCCCGUACUUCCGUGCGUUUACCAUGCCUUGGACACGUACCCGUGCGUACCCUCACGCCUUUGCUGUUCCUGGACGCAAACUCGGCGGUGUCUACAACUCGGCCACUUACACAAUCUUCGACGGUGUCUUCUGGCAAGCUAUGUCUGGCCAGAUCAAUCGCUGGCGUCGCCACACGCUGGACCUACCUCCGACUUCCCUCAGCCGACUCCAGCAAGACAAGGUGCCCUUCCUGUACAACUUCUCGCCUUCAGUCGUCGCUCCGCCUCUCGACUUCGCCGACUGGGUCAAGGUCACUGGCUACUGGUUCCUCGACGAAGGCACCAAUUACUCCCCACCUCCGGAGCUCGCCGACUUCAUCUCUCGGACCCGCGCCGAAGGUCGCAAGCUCGUGUACAUCGGUUUCGGCUCCGUCACGGUCGCCGACUCCAGGCAACUGAUGCAACAAGUCAUGGAGGCCGUGCGCAAAGCCGACGUGAACUGCAUCCUCUCCAAAGGCUGGUCAGACCGCUUCUCCAAAGCCUCCUCUACUCCAGACGCUCCUCUCCCCGACUACAUCCACCAGAUCCGCUCGGCGCCACACGACUGGCUGUUCACCCAGGUCGACGCAGUCGUCCAUCACGGCGGAGCCGGAACCACCGGUGCCUCCCUUCGCGCGGGCAAGCCCACCAUCAUCAAGCCUUUCUUCGGCGACCAGUGGUUCUUUGCCAACCGCGUCGAAGACCUGGGCGUCGGCAGUCACCUUAAGAAGGUAUCUGCCAACCAACUCGGGAAAGCGCUGUGGGUGGCAACGCACGACGCGAGGAUGAUGGAGAAGGCGAAGGUGCUGGGUGAAAAGAUCCGGAGUGAAGAUGGGGUUGGGGAGGCGAUCAAGGCGGUGUAUAGGGACAUGGAGUAUGCGAGAAGUUUGGUC